AUGUCAAGUCGUUUCGGCUUUCACACAAAUCAUUUUGGAAUAUCGGAAGAAGAACUUGAUUAUGAUGAAAACGAUCCUUCCUGGUUCGAUACAUCACCAGGUGCAAAUAUCUUCUAUGGUAGAUAUGAGUCGGCGAAGCCAUUUGUCAAAAAACUACAUCAUCAGCAACGAGUAUUUCUGGAAGAAAAGUUAGAAGAACGGAGAGAAUUACGUCAAGCAAUACGUGAAAGAUUUUUGCAUGAUUUUGAUGAAAAGCUAAAACAACAUAUGGCGAAGUUUCAGCCAAAGCCUCGGGAACGACUAAUAUUGGAUUUAUUUCUUUCACAACAGAAGAAAGAACUAGAAGAAUCAUUCAGGGAAAGACUAAACGCAAAUCAUGAUCCUGAAUCAAAAUCCAAUCUUGGUGCAUUAAAAGAUUCCAGUACUUUCAUAUCACAUCAUUCAGUGUCUAAACCUGCAGUACCAGUCGAAUCGACUUCUAUCAAGUCAAAAUCUCGGCUACCAACAGAAGCUUCUACCUUGGUCUAUUCCUCAAAAUCAACUGCUGUUAUCGAUAUAGGAACAUCAUACAUGUCAUCAACAUCAUCUUCAGUGACUGUUGCUAAUCUAGCACCAACUUUCAAUGCAAUUCCUGCAGUUGUUAAUCGAAUAAAUCCAAAGACCACUUCAUCAUUUCCUGCAUACGUUACUUCGGCAUGUGCAACACCGAAAAUUCAACAGCAGUCUGAUAAUUCUGCUGCAUUUGUUUUUUGUCCACAAAAAACAAGCACACCUAUCUUCUCAUCCGAAACAUUGAAAAAUGGCCAUGCAACGCUUACGAGGACGGAUUCAAUCUCUUCAUGCAGAUCUUCAGCUUCAAGGAGUACUUCUUGGCCCUUGCAACAGAUUGUAGAGGAACAGCCUCAGUCAAGCGAAGCAAGUACUAUUGUUGCGGCUAAACAAAAUGAAUCGAUAACGCAAUCUUUGUCAAAGGUAAAAUCUCUAGCUGUAAGCAGCGGAACUUCUGAUGAUUCAAAUACUAAAAGUCCGAAUCACUCGCAUCAAAUUUACGGAUAUGAGAUAGCUUUCGCAAGGGCUUUCAUGGCAAAUCUAGCUGAUAUACCAGAUUCUGUCAAAAAUGAAUUGAAAUGUACGAUAAAGGAAAAGAUUUCGAUAUCAACAAAGAAAUUUGCAAAACGAAAUGACAUUGCUCAAAUUGUUCGUUUCUUUAAUAAUUUGCUUAAUGGUUUAACAGUUUAUGGUUUUAAUGGCAAAAUGAUCAACUUAAAAGAUGACGAGUUGGCUCGUGAUUGGGCUAUGGUUCAUAUCAUUGACACAUAUCUGGAUCUUAUUCCACAGGAUAUAAGUCUGUUGAAAGUAGUGGCUGCUGUUCUGUCAUCGCUAACUUUAUCAUCAAUUGCUUUCUCGAAAUUACUCUAUGGCAAAUUGUUUAUUGCAUCGCCGCUUUUGGCAGUCAAUCAUAAUGAAUGCUUAAAGUGCAUUCUGGAUCUAAAAAAGCGUUCCGAAAGAUUUGCUGAAACGAUAGUAGCAUGGCGUUGUCGUGAAAUUGCUAUUAUAAAUUUAUUUAUUGCUUUGAAGAUGUCCAAUGUAAGUGUUGAUCUCCAAGCAACACCAGAAAGUAAUGGCUUAGGAUUAAUGUGGAAAAUGAUCGCUAUAACAAUUGCGGAUAGUUCUGCCUUCGGUGCUAUACUAGUAACAGAGAUUUUAAAGCAGCAUUGGAAUGUGAUGCAUAAAGUCUAUGGUAGACAAAUGGAGAAGCUAAUAAUUCUAAUUGACAAGUCAGUUCUACCGCAGUGGAGAGUUUCAAUCCAAAAAAUAGCACCGGACAGUUCGGAAAUGAAUAAAGCUGUCCAAAAUGUUACGGAAAACUAUUUGACAGCAUUAAAAUUUACUAUUGAUGAUUGUUUGUCAUCAUUUCGUUCAUAA